AUGGCUGAUGCAAUUUUUGUGCAAUGGAGCCAGCUGCGGCAAGGGCCAGCAGGUGCGCUGAAGACUAUGCUUCUAGAAGGACAAGUGUUUCCAGGACUUGCGUCUACGGCUUUUCUCUCAGCAGAAUCAGAAAAGAGUGACAAGGGACUGCCAUCGAAUUCAAGAAAAAGUGAGCCCGCACAAUCCGCUGCACCACCCACCGCUCCUGCAGAGCCUUUUGACACCACCACCUACAAGAAUCUCCAGCAUCAUGACUGCACCGUGUACACCUUCUUAGAUGUGAACCUGGACCUCUCAAAACAGAGGUUGCUUCAGCCCUCUUCUGGCACAGAGUCACCUCACCACUGAGAGCUCAGUUUAAUGAGCACCCUUAUGUUGUCUGUUGCGUUCUUGCCUGCAAAAUAAAG